UCGUUUGUUCUUUCCCUCUCUCUCUCUCUCUCUCUCUCUCUCUCUCUCUCUCAACUUGUUUCUGAAGUCUCACUAUGGCUCUCCAUCAACACCAUUUGCAACAACAUUACCAACAAUCUCAACCACAACAACACUCCAAAAAUUUCAGAAACUUAUACUCAAUCGACGGUCAGGUUUCGCCGCCAGUAGCUUAUUACAACACAGCAAAUAAUUUACAGGAUCAGUCUCAGCAUCCUCCAUAUAUUCCUCCCUUUCAUGUUGUUGGGUUUGCUCCUGGUCCUGUCAAUGCAACAGACGGCAGUGAUGGGGGAGUAGAUUUGCAAUGGAACUAUAGUUUGGAGCCAAAGCGGAAAAGAUUGAAGGAACAGGAUUUUUUGGAGAACAAUUCACAGAUAUCAUCGGUUGAUUUCUUGCAAACACGACCUGUGUCAACAGGAUUAGGUUUGUCCCUUGACAACACACAAAUGGCUUCUUCUGCAGACUCGGCUUUGUUGUCACUCAUCAGUGAUGACAUUGAUGGUGAAGUACAGCGACAGGAUGCUGAGAUUGAUAGAUUCCUCAAACUUCAGGGUGACCGAUUAAGGCAAGCUAUCAUAGAGAAGGUUCAGGCCAACCAACUACAAACCAUCUCAUUUGUGGAAGAGAAGAUUUUCCAGAAACUUCGUGAGAAAGAAGCAGAGGUGGAUAACAUUAAUAAGAGAAAUAUGGAACUUGAAGAACGAGUGGAGCAAUUGGCUGAGGAAGUGGGUGCUUGGCAACAACGGGCUAGGUACAAUGAAAACAUGGUCAAUGCCCUGAAGUUUAAUCUUCAGCAUGUUUAUGCUCAAAGUAGAGACAGUAAAGAAGGAUGUGGUGACAGCGAGGUCGAUGAUACGGCUUCAUGCUGUAAUGGUCGUGCCAUUGAUUUCUAUCUUCUCAGCAAGGAAAAUAACGAUAUGAAAGAGUUGACGACUUGUAAGGUUUGUAGAGUUAACGAGGUAUGCAUGCUUUUGUUGCCUUGUAAGCAUCUUUGUCUGUGUAAAGAUUGUGAAAGUAAGCUUAGUUUUUGUCCCCUGUGUCAGUCCUUUAAGUUAAUUGGCAUGCAGGUAUAUAUGUAAUGGGGUAAAUGUAAAAGCCUUAAUGUUGUUUCAAUGUUAUAUUGAUUGUUCUUAUCGUUUUGAUAAUUGCUACUUCCUUCAUUGGCACUCCAUAUUUCAAA